AUGUUUGAAUCUUCUCCUUUAGCUAAAGAUUGUGGAAGUCCUCCAACGGGUACCGCAUCCACAGGAAUUGCAUCAAGUGGUACCACAUACACACAAGAAGCAGACUAUACUUGUAAUACAGGAUAUACUGUAGUAGCUGGCAAGGCCAAGAUUGAGUGUCUUGAUACAGGGACGUGGGAUGUAGAUAAUAUACUUGUUUGUGAACCUAAAGAUUGUGGAAGUCCUCCAACGGGUACCGCAUCCACAGGAAUUGCAUCAAGUGGUACCACAUACACACAAGAAGCAGACUAUACUUGUAAUACAGGAUAUACUGUAACAGCUGGCAAGGCCAAGAUUGAGUGUCUUGAUACAGGGACGUGGGAUGUAGAUAAUAUACUUGUUUGUGAACCUAAAGAUUGUGGAAGUCCUCCAACGGGUACCGCAUCCACAGGAACUGCAUCAAGUGGUACCACAUACACACAAGAAGCAGACUAUACUUGUAAUACAGGAUAUACUGUAACAGCUGGCAAGGCCAAGAUUGAGUGUCUUGAUACAGGGACGUGGGAUGUAGAUAAUAUACUUGUUUGUGAACCUAUAAAUUGUGGUAGUCCUCCAACGGGUACCGCAUCCACAGGAACUGCAUCAAGUGGUACCACAUACACACAAGAAGCAGACUAUACUUGUAAUACAGGAUAUACUGUAACAGCUGGCAAGGCCAAGAUUGCGUGUCUUGAUACAGGGACGUGGGAUAUAGAUAAUAUACUUGUUUGUGAACCUAAAGAUUGUGGUAGUCCUCCAACGGGUACCGCAUCCACAGGAACUGCAUCAAGUGGUACCACAUACACACAAGAAGCAGACUAUACUUGUAAUACAGGAUAUACUGCAGUAGCUGGCAAGGCCAAGAUUGAGUGUCUUGAUACAGGAACGUGGGAUGUAGAUAAUAUACUUGUUUGUGAACCUAAAGAUUGUGGAAGUCCUCCAACGGGUACCGCAUCCACAGGAAUUGCAUCAAGUGGUACCACAUACACACAAGAAGCAGACUAUACUUGUAAUACAGGAUAUACUGUAGUAGCUGGCAAGGCCAAGAUUGCGUGUCUUGAUACAGGGAAGUGGGAUGUAGAUAAUAUACUUGUUUGUGAACCUAUAAAUUGUGGAGAUCCUCCACCGGGGCUCGAAUCAUCAGGAACUGCAUCAAGUGGUACUACAUACACAGAUACAGCGGAUUAUAUUUGUAAUGAAGGAUUUGUAAGACAAAGUGGUAAUUUACAGAUUAGCUGUCUAGUUACGGGGAAGUGGGAUAUAGCUAAUAUACUUGUUUGUGAAG